UAGCAUUUAGUAUCACUUAUAAAAGUCUUUCCUUUUUAAAAUAUUGUCUAAAGCCUAAGCUUUAAGAGAACAAUUAAACAAGUUUUUCACAGCAUAUAUAGUAGCAUUUAGUAUCACUUAUAAAAGUCUUUCCUUUUUAAAAUAUAAUUAUUAUGGUACCACAUGACAAUCUCAUAAAGACAACAUUAUCAUUACUUACACUCUUUUGUCUUAACAUGGUAACGCCAUCAUCAAAAUAGCAUUCCCCUCAAUUAUUGAAUUUACAAAUUUGAUUGGCAAGUUAUAGAAACACCACCCACCACCAUCCACAACCACAACCAUUAAACCCUCUUUACCCUUUCUUCCUCUUAUAAUCAUUCAAACUAUUAUUCCUAAAAAAAAAUUUCCACCUUUAUUCUACAUCUCAAAAAAAAAAUAAAAAUGAUGUCAUCUAUUAGUUUCAUAGUUAUGCUACUAAUAAUGAUCAUCAUACCCACUAUACUAUACACCUUCUUCUUCCUCACAAGCUGCCCUCCAAACCCUCUAGACCUCAUACGCCGUCUUCGGCCUAGACGAACCGGUGUCGAAACCAUUAUUGAUCCAUCAAGAAGGUCAUCAUCUAAAGUGGCCGAGGAGGAAGACGGCGAAAACACAAGUAACAAGGAUAAAAAUAACAUAGAGUUAGUUAUUGCCUCGAGCUCGACUUUAGGGAAAGAUGAUGUAGAUUGUCCAAUAUGUUUAGCUGAUUUCAUAGAAGGAGAAGAGCUUAGACAACUCAAGAUUUGUAAGCACUUGUUUCAUAGGAUUUGUAUUGAUAAGUGGCUUUCAAGUCAUUGUAUUUGCCCUAUUUGUCGAACAAUUGUUAGUCAAAAACAAGCUAAGAUUAUGAAAGAAAGAGAGAUUAAUCGCGUUUUGGCUGCAAGAAGGGAUUUUGAUAGGCAUGAUCAUUGGCAAGGUUUGCCUGAUUCUGCUGGCUUGGUUUAAGUAAAGGAAAGAAUUUUUUUUUUUUUGAUUGGUUGGUGAAAUUAGGUUAUUUUUUCUACCAAAAAAAGGAAAAUUAGGUAGAUUUGUAUAUUUAUAUAUUGUUUAUUUUAGUGUGUUAGUAUAUUUCUGUUUUAAAAUAUUGUCCCUUGUGAUAAGGGUUUGCAAAUGUAAUCUUUCUUAAUUACUCUAAAGUGGUUAUUAGUAUGAGUAGUUUAUUGGGUUAAGUAAUUGCAAUUAAAAGGAUAUUAUUUUCCUAUGACAAGUGUUCAUUAUUUAAAUUCUUUAAGUGAUUUAAAAAAAGGGAAAAAAAAUAAAAAUAAAAAGUAAGGGUUGGAAUUUUGAAGUUACUAGUAUUAGCCAUUUAGUUUGUGAUAUAUAUAUAUAUAUAUAUGAAAGUACUCAAAUUGUUUUGGCUAUAGUCAAGUUAAAGAUUGUACUCAUGAGUAGUGACAAUGGAACUACUUAAUUUAUGCAUUUGUAAAAUUUAACUUUUGAUAGAACUUUGAUCUUGAAUCAUUGGCUUAUGUUAUUCAGAUAGUUGAGUACUAAUCUUGUAUUGCACUAUGUUCCUUGCUAUCUUUGAAAAUAAAACAUUUACGAAGUAAUAAAUCCACUCAAA